UGCCAUUGUAUGAAUCCACCUCAACACAUUGCAUCUGAGUACCUCCACAGCUUGUCCAAGUCUACUGUCCUGCAUGAUGGAUAUACAGUUGAUCAAAGGAGAUGGUACACCUCUCGACUUACACGAAGUGGGGACACGUAAAACACAGAAGAGGGUUAGGGCUCAAGUCCUCUCAUCCAAUGAGCCCUUGUCAACUCUCCUUUUCUCACAAUCUUGUACUGUGGAAAGGGACUUCGGGCUUUCGUUCACUCUCCAACGCCUAUAACUCAAUUCUCACAAGUAACUGCUCUCGCAAUCUACGCUCAUUUACCACCUUUAGUUCCCCAGCUAUAUCCCGGUCACGCUCACUCUGAGCUUAACACAUCACCCUCUUCAACCUCUGGGAAGUUCAACAUCAUGCCUCCCAAAGGCAAAGCCCGCCUCACGCCCACCACUACUAAGAAGGGCGGCAUCCCAUCCUCUCCGCCACACCCUUUCAAACCGGUUCCGUCCUCCCUCCAACCCUUUGUCGCGACCUUGCCAACACAACAUGUCUACAUCACGCACAUCGACCCGCGCCCGCCGGCCUUCAAGCGCAACAUCUUCCUCGUGCCCGUGGCCAUGAACCUGGCCGUGGUGGGGCUCUUCGUCUGGCGCAUGCGUGCAAUUCUGCCGUGGUACCUCGACUUGGUCACCUCUGCGCUGGGAUACGCCAACGAGACGACGCUGCGCGCGUCGGAGCUGACGUACAGAGAGCUCGCGCGGGCCAUCUUGUGGCGCGCUCUGACAUUCUUGCUGGACUUCGUGCUGGCCGUGUUUGUCUGGCCGUGGCCGUACGAGUUUGUGGUCGGCACGCGCGGGCGGAGCAGCCCUGUUGCGUGGCGCUGGGCGGUUGGGUUUAGGCCGAUGGAGGUGUACGUGCGGCGGAGCAGGGAGAGUUGGGAUAGUGUUCUGCAGGAGAAGGGGAUGGAGCUGUUUGACGAAGCGUCUAAGGAGGCGAGGGCAGCGAGGGACGCAGUGCUAGGGCGGGUGAGGGAGGCGACAGCGCCGAUGCGUAUCCAGGAGAAGACUGGGUACCUGACGAUGGACGGGGAGUGGGAUCUUGAUUGGAAAGGAAUGGCAGAUGCGACACGGCUAGUAGACAAGAAGGAGAUUGCGCUGGAGGCGUUUGGGACAGUGGUGCUGUUGCAUCACAAGAAGUUUGGGUGGCUCAGUGUCGAUCUUGGUAUGGGGGAGGCCGUGGAGCAAGAUGAGAGGCGAAGGCAGGUGUUUGCCUUCCGGGACGCGCUCACCGCGCUUGGAAAGGAGGACCUGUUCUUCAGGUGGGUGGAGAUGAUCCAGUUCGAGACAACACAGCCUGGGGGGUUUACGCCGGAGAAGCAGGUUGAGGCCGCCAAGAAGAUCCGGGACAUGUUCAAAUCGAACGGGGUGGACUUUGACGAGCUCUGGAAGGAGACAGUGGGUACCGAUGGACUGGCUGGCAUGCCUUAGGUUCAUGUAUACUGGUACCUUAUUAUACGGAUUCGUACUUUAGUUUUGGGCAUCGCGGUGGACGUAUCCAGAUAUAGAGGGCAUAAGAAAGGGAAAGGGCCGUCCUUGGAUAGCCAAGUUAAAUAGAGA